UAAGGAUAGUACAAAGCCUACAAACGUAUUCGCGGAUGAUGAUGGCAUGCUCGCUGAGCGGAAAAUGUGUAGAAACGGAUGAGAGAGAAACUCGCAUUUUUCUACCACCAUCCUUUAGGACGAGUGGCUUGAACGAUCUAACUCCUCCAAUGGACAGGUUAAAUGUGAACCAGGGGGAGCGAGUUUUUAGGGCAGAGUGGUGCGUGUGAAUUGCAGUCGAACGGUUGUCCCAACGGAGGGUCGCAGCGUGAAAGUUUCGAUUUUAUACCAUUUGCUGGCGUUUUCCGCGAUCAAACUGGAGUGGUUAUGAGAGUUCGGAAGGCGUGCAAGUUUUUCACGUAUAGGAAUCAUCGAUUUCGGGCCCGGAACAGGACGAAAAACGGGUUACAAUCUGGGGUCCCGAAGCGCCAGACAAAUUUUGCUCGAUGGUAGUGGAAUAAUUUUUGCAGCAAAAUCCUUAAAAACGGAUCACGGGAGAGGGAAGAGAAUCGGUGAGCACACAAGUGCACGACCGGAGAGCUAGUGCUGGCCAGAGCGGUGUUAAAGCAAAGAAAAGUAGAAAAUAUUGGACGAAGAUUGUAUCUAUGGAAGAACCUCUGGUAAAGUGUGUUUGUUGAAUGCAAUCGGAAUAAAUAAUUGACAGUCUACAAGAAAACGAAAAAAAAAACAAAUAAAAUCCAGGCAGUGGUCUUCGGAAGGACCAUUAAACGGGAUUCCUUCCAUUAACAGCGGAACCUAACACGCCAGGAUUUCCGCUGGAGCCGAAAAACAAAACGCGUACGGGGGGGCUCUAGAGCAGCGUAGGGGAACCGUGUCCGUUCAGUAUGAUCGAUGAAAUUCUCGAUCGGAUCGUACAGUUCUUCUCCACCGGACUGUUGGAGAAAAUCAUCAAAGCGCUACUGGUCUUAUGUGAUCGCUUCGUAAAUUUCAUCUUAUCCGUUUGUGAAGGAAACAACUAUAAGAAGAAGGACGAAACGGUAGAUGCACUGUACAGUAGCUGUAAUUUUCUCGUGAUAAACAAGAAACAUGACCUGCUUAUAAAUUCUAAUGAUACUAAAAAGAAAACGGUUCAAACGAUUAUGCGGAAGCAAUUUCCCGAAUACGUACAGGACAAUCUUACACACGAUUUCUACUUCGCCCAUCGGUUGGAUUUCGCCACCAGUGGCAUACUGUGCAUCCCGCUGAACAAGAACGCGUGCAAGGAGGUCUGCCAGGUGUUCGAGGAGCAGCGCGCCCGGAAGUACUACCUGGCACUACUUCGGGGCCACACGGAUUUCGACGAGGAAGUAAUCGACAUUGCCAUCGGCGAAGACAUCCGGUUCAAGGACACCAGCAAGAAGAUGUGCACCAUUCUGGAGGAUGAGUUGUGCCAAAAUCCGCGCCGCAGCAUCACCAAGGUGCUGGUGCUGGACCGGGGCUACUACAACGGGAAACCGGUCACCAAAGUGCUCUUGCGACCGAUCACCGGCCGGCGGCACCAGCUUCGACUGCACUGCGCCCAGAUAGGCCACGUGAUCGUGGGGGACUACACGUACAGCCUAAAGAUCGACACGUCGCCCCCGCGUAUGUUUCUGCACGCCUUCCGACUGGUGCUGCCGAACUCGUUCGAGAACAUCGACAUCCAGACGGAGGAUCCGUUCACGGAGAAGGCGCUCAAAUACAAGUGGAAGGUGGUCGAGCAGGUGAACGGCAUUGGGAACGCGUUCGAUCUGAUAGAUUCUUUUUAACAUUUGUGGGAACCAUGUAGCUACCCGCGUAGGACUCGCACGUUUACGUUUCGGCUGGAGCAGUUUCGUCGGCGGUUAAAUGUAAAUAUUCGAUCGUUUUCGCGGAUUUAUUCGCUUUAGGUUUUUGCGUCCUCUUCGUUUUUCUCCCAGUAAGUUUGGGACGUUGAAUGAAGAGGACGGUGUUUCAGGAUAGGUUCUUUGACUCGCGAAUCUACUAGGACCUUAAUAUAAAUAUACGAAAAUUGGCGGGAGGAAUGCUUCCGUCGAUGAACGGAAGCUAUAGUAAUGCACUACUGUUAAAAAUGUUUGAACGUCGAUGAGCACGUGGGAUCGAUUAGCUAGAUCAUUGGAUCUAAAAAGCUCAUGAUGGUUUGGCAAAAUAUGUCUGUAUUCGAAAACUUCUGAAUAAUUGGCUGGAACUCAGUUUUGUUGAAUGAAUGUAGCAAUAACAGUAUUCGAAAUUUUGAUCAUUUAAUGAAGAAAGAUUGUUUAAAUUUUAAACAAUUUUUCAACAUGUCUACUUCGGGUUUUGCUAUUUUGUGUCCAACAUCGGGGUAUGCAAUGUUAAAAAACUCUAUGCAAAAUAUUCAACUUUGAUAAGGAUGUUUGGCCAAGUUUCUUCAUGGCAUAUUCCAUGUAGUCCAACGUUAAUUUUCUCUUCAAUGCAGCGUUGCUUAAUUCGAAAAUCAUAAUCAUUAUGUGACUAGUUAGCGAUUUUAAUUCUGAAAAACUAAAUUCCAGAGCGCUACAAUGAAUAAUUCUAACUGCAUUGAGAACGAAAUUAAUUUGAAGCAACCUAAUCGAUUUCCAUAAGCUCAUUAAAAUUUUAAUAUCGCGACUUUUCCGUGACAGUUAUGUUUCGAAAAUGAUUCAAACAAUUGAAAAUUGGAAGAAGAGAAUACUUAAUUCAAGCUGACAAAAAAAAAACCACAUUUACAUACUGACAACUACACACUAACGUCUGCACAUGAAGACACACAUACACAACACACACAUACCAAACAUUUUGAUUCCCGCAAUUUUUUUCAUUGUGGGAACUCAAUGAGAGAGAGACUGUAGAUGUUCAUAGUCUAGUCUAGUGCAUUACACGGACGCUUAAAUAAUUAUAAAUUAAAAUUAAAAAAGCGAUAUUUAAAAAAACAUUUAAACAUAAAAAUGACACGUUCAGCCAUGUUCACACUAAUGAAAAACCUAAGUAAUAAAGGAAGGAAAAAUCUAGUUACACAUUUGAUCUUAUUAUGAUUAAUAUUAUUAGUUGAGGUUUAGACAAUGAUUCACUAAUUCUUAAAACCAAACCCAAAUAGUUUAGGAAAAUGAAAAUAAAACUCGAAUGAUAUGAAUGCAAAUCAGUUGCUACAACAGACAAUGUAAAUCAGGCGACCGUUACCAACCGAACUGUAAGGACAUAAACAAAAAUCAAGAUAAAAUAGACAUUGAAAAUGCAAUACAAGUUCAAGAUAGAUAGUAAUUUAUCAACCCUCGGAACGAUCUGUUUUUCGAAGCGCACUGGCAUUGAUUUCUGUUCCCAUAUUGCUAUGUAAAGGGCGAACAAGAAAUUAUUGCAACACCGAACAUGUCCUGCUCGUCUUUGAUUGUUUUCUCGCUCUUCCGAAGUUCCCGCUUCAUUAUUGCCCAGUACUGCUCCACCGGGCGCAGUUCCGGACAGUUUGGUGGGUUUAUGUCCUUUGGAACAAAAUCGACUAAAUUGCCCUCACACCAUUCCAGGACACUUAGAAUAGUAGCAUGAUGCCAAAUUUGGCCAAAAUAGCGGAGCUUCGUCGUGCUGCUGCAAGACUGGCAAAAGGCGCUUCUCGAGGUACUGAGAUUUGUAGAUCUCGCCAUUUACAGUGCCUUUCGUCACGCAAGGCUCACUCCUCAUUCCGGAAGAGCAUAUGGCCUGCCAAACGAGAUAUUUGGAGGCGAACUUCGACAUUUUCUUCUUCUUAAAUUUGUCGUCUACAUCGAACUUGCUCUUGCCGAUGAAAAACUCCAACCCCGGAAUUUGCUUAAAACCUGCUUUUAUAUACGUUUCGUCGUCCAUCACACAGCAGCCAUAUUUUGUCAGCAUCUUCUCGUAGAGCUUCCGUGUCCGAGUUUGAGCCGUCGAUUGUUGCUGCUCAUCGCGGUUUGGGAAGUGUUGUACCUUAUAUUUAUGUGGUCUAGCUCUCUUCUUUGCAUUCUGGACGUAGCUCUGCGAUACGCCAAUAUUUUUAGCCUAAUCACGGCUUCAGACGUUGGGAUUUGCUUUAAUCAUCCGCUUUACCUUUCCCUCCGUCUUUUUGUUCUCCGGUCCCUGUUUUCUUCCAGUUCCUUUGCCGUGAUCCAACGUCAACCGCUUCGGUUGAGUCCAACGGUUGAAUGGUGAAUGUUCAUCAUUUUCCCAACUGCCGAUGCGACAUGUGUUUGGAAAGAAUUUGUUCUCUCGAUUCGUGUUCGUGCCUCCAUUUUUGUUGAAUCGAAAAACACGACUUCGAUUUUGACAGCGUGUAAGCAAUACACAUCAAUGAAAAAGUGUUCAAAAUUCGAUUGAUUUUUAACCAAUGGUAAAAAGUUUUGUCCUGUUGAAUGUGUCGCAAUAAUUUCGUGCUCGUCCUUUAAUCGAUUUGAAAAUUAAAUCAAGCGUUUUUAGAAUACGUUUGUUUGGUUUUACAUUUAUAUUCGAGUCCUUAGUUUGGAUUCACUUAUUUCCGGCCUUCUUAUACCCACUUAAUUUCCCUUAUUUCAUUAUUGUACGGUUCAGUUCAGUUAUUUUACUAUCUGUCUUGAAUUAAACCAAUCGAAAUAAGAGAAACGAAAGAAAGUCUCAAUGGCAUGGAUACUAUACAGCAAAUCGCCAAUCAUGCAUGUCAUCCGUGCAAAAUUUGUAAAAAAUUGUGCAUAUAAAAUUAAUAUUAAUACGCGACAAGUCGAACGGAACGCAGAGAACAACAUUUAACGUUAGUCUAGACAAAAAUUACGAGUUCAGCAUUCGAAAAAAUGUGUCUCAUUUGGCACAAAAUUUUUUUUUUCUAAUGGUGGCCUAGAACUACAAACAACAAAUGAAUUAUGAAGUACUCAAUCAAAUGCAGAAACAAAAUUUGCCGAGUCAGUUUCGCCCAGCACCACUUUUGUAUGAAAAAACGACACCGGGAGAAAACCAAGGGAGGCGGAACUUUGUUCUUCGAUUUCCGCCCACAAAAAAAAUUAAAAUAUAUAUGAAUCCUAACGAAACGAUUAAUGAAAAUCGCAAAAAAAUUAGUCAACUAUUCUUUUUCUUGCUAAAAUAAAAAAAAAUAGUAAAACAAUUGUUAAAACAUGCAAUGGGAUAGUUUCCAAAAAAAACACGUGCGCGGUUAUCAAAUCCAAUUCUAGGCUCGAACGCGUAGGAUAAAAUUUUCCAAUAGGAUCAAAUUUCACGAAACAAAUGAAAAAAUAACACGCUUAAAUAAUGUUCUAGUCAGUUCGAUUGGAUUAUAUUAGAAAAACAAUCUAAAUAUGAAUGACACCUCAGCACCUAAUUGGUUUUGUUAAGAUAUGCAUUUGUUAGUGGUUAAGUUUUCUAGAAGUAAGCGAGAAUGUCUUUUGAUUAUUUAAUUUUCCAAAGUCUGUCGCCGGAUGGGUAUUCGACUGAAGCUUCUCAAAUCCUCCUGUUGCACUGCAGUUUUACAAAUGGAAACAGUUUCUUUUUGUAUGACAGGAGGAUCGGCUCUGACGGUUAAACUUGAAAUGUGAGUAUUUUACCUAGCUCGGAAGUCAUAUCUUUAGAAGUAGUGAGAUGGAGGCAAGAUAUGCAAUGGAAGAAAAAGUUACUCAAUUAUAAUAAGAAAAGAACAACACGUGGUUGCUAAUUCGAUGAUAGUGCUGAAACGGUGAUAUCUGUAAAAAAUGUGGUAAUUACAGUUCCGCGAAUCUUGUAUGUAGUAUGCAAUAUUCCAAGUGUAUCCAUUUCAUGUUAUCUUGCCUUCAUAUAUUCUCGUUAUGAGUAAUGUUCAAUUCUUUCAAGUGUAGUCUUGUCUUUCCAAUCUCAAUACAACUUUAUUUUUUCCGUUUCAGAAUGUUCUAUGCUACACUGCCAUCAAAUAUCGAUUUUAAGUUCCAUAAGUCAUGUUCACAUCAGCAGGAAAAGGUCAGAUUACAAAAGUUGAACGAAGAUGAAAAGAAUAGCGGCAGAAAAUUACCAAUGGUUAUUCAGUUUAUUCCAUCGUUUUCGACUGCACUUCGUUAUGAAUAUUGUAAGUUUAUGUUUUCUAUCUGUUGAUAAAGUUUUCAUUCGGAAGCUACAAGCUAGUUAGUGCACACUCAAGAAUGCCGACCUAAUUAAGAAAAUGCGCCGAAAGCUUAUGCCCUCUUAUAACGAAAACUCUCUAGCAAGAAACAAAUCAGAUACACUCACAAACACACAAAAACACGAUCACAUAACGACCCACACAUUCACAUUGAACGCCGCCAUUUUCGAAUUAACACUACUCCACAAACUCUCAACUAAACAUACAUUUGUUGAACGGAACCAAUUUCUCUGCCUGACAAAAUAAGAUAAAUUAAAAAAAAAAAAACAACAAAAAAAAGUGAAAAAAAAUCAACAGGAAACAAUAGAGUAGGCUUUCUCGUUUCGGUCGGAGCGAAAAUUAAAUUAAAAUGAAAAAUGAACCUAAAAAACAGAAAAUUGUACGUAACAAUGUAAAAAAGACGAACAUUCAACAAUUCCUGGGUUUUUGAUUACUCACAAGUGAAUUAAAAAAAAAACAAGAAGAUCUGAGAGUGACAGAGAGAAUAUAACACGGGAAUAAAAUAUUGCUUUUUUGAAGUCAUUGAAAAAACCAACGCGAGAUGUGGCUUACUGUGUAUCACAUUUUCCGUUUAUUUAGCAGUAAAUUUCAGGCUUACUAUAAGGUUUUAUUAUCACAAUUUGUAAAAUCGAAGCGCGAUUUCAUUUCUAACUCCUCAGUAGGGUGCUACACCGUUUGGCUUAAAGUCCUAAGACAUGAUGCCGUUUGGCAUAAUGGUCAUUAGGCAUAAUAGUCGUUUUGCAUAGAAAAAAUUAAAACUACGUAAAAUAACAUCAAAUAUAGCAAAAAAUUGAAAUACCUACAUUAUUUUUCUUUCUAUUUACAAGUUUCUAGGUUUAUUCAAAGCAAUUCACCCAAGUUCACCCUAAGCUAGGGACAAUCCCCUAGCCUAGCCCAAUCCGCACCGCGGAGCAUAAAGACCAUACUUCACAUUUUUUCGAACGCGCAGCUUGCUCUUAGUUUUGAUCCAUGAUUGUAGAACGGCAUCGUCUUUCUAGGUUCACCCAAAGUUUAUUAUCAGUCAAUUUCAUUUUGUCUUUUUUUUUAUUUAGUAAGCUCUCAUUCAAGUUGUUAAAAAUGCCAAAAAAAAAUCAAUACCUUUUAUUUACGCCAAACGACCGUUAUGAUGACCAUUAUGCCAAACGCUUUUAUGCCAAACGGUUUACAAUCCUCAGGAGGCAUUCUUUACCAGAAAAUAAUGUCCGUGUUAGUUACGAUCAUUUUCGAGUGCUUUGAGAAUUUGAUGGAUGAAAUAAGAUGUUUUUUUAAUUCAACCAAAAUAGCAGUAUUAAAUUUUGGAUUUGAAACCAUUCAAAGGAAAUAUUAAGUUGUUCGGUUGCUGUAAUUUCGAAGUAAAUAAUAAAGCCUGUGUUUAUUUGUUUUCA